AUGUCCGCAAAUUCCAAAGAGCAUCUGUCAAGUCAGAAAGCCAGAUUAGUCAGCCCUAUUGUCAACAUAACCGGUGGACAACCAAAAUGUUUCCAGUUCUACUAUCUCAUGCAUGGUGCAUGGGUGGGGACUCUGAAUGUCUACUUGAGUCCUAAUGGAACUGCUUCAGUUCCUGUUUGGAGCAGAAGUGGGACUCAAGGGAUUAACUACAAACUGGGACAGGUGACUGUUAAUAAGACAGCCAUGGUGAGUCUUGCUUCAGUAGCACCAUCUGGUUCUGUACAGGCCAUAGCCUGUGACUUUGAAUUGGAAGAUAUAUGUGGGUACAGCAAUGUCCCCAGUGAUAGUUUAGACUGGCAUAGAAGUUUUGGUACAGUGUCAGGAGGCAAGAGAGAAUUUGAUCACACAACAGGCACAGCUCAGG